CUGCGCGCGUGCAGGCGGAAAUCCACCAUCAUCAUCAUCAUCCUCGUUCUCCGGCACUUUUACUUUAUUUUCGCCUUCAUCCUCCAGGACAGCGAGAGCUCCCGAAACCAGUCUUCAAUCGCGUCGUUUAGGAGCUUUAGGGAUGAGGAGAAGCGGCAGGCGCGCGAAGAGGGAGGGAUGAGCCGAUGGAACUCAUAAUGUAAUGGGGACAGAGAGAGAGCGAGUGAGAGAAAGAGAGAGAGAGAGACACACACACACACACACACAGAUAGAGAAGGGAAACAGAAAGAAAAGGACCGAGCGCGAAUGUUACAAAUGUAACAAGCGGAAGAUACAAUGUAGCGUUGACGCGCGUCAGGAAUCUUCUCACGCUUUGAUGUUUCAUUCGACGUUCGAAAGUGUAUCGCGCACUUUUACAGCCGCCUCGCGUCCGCGUGUGUCGAGAUGAGACUCGAUGUCUUCGUGCUGUUGUUCGGCCAGAUGAUCCUGAGAGGAGACGAGCUUCUGAUCCCACAGCCUCGCAUUGUUCAAGCUCAAUGGGAUGUGUAGGGAACGCCGAUGCUUACUUUUAUUUUUUUGCGUUAUUUUGCACACAGAACGGAUGGUGGAUGUGAUGGUAAACUCUAUUGAACUCUAUAGACUUACCGGAGAUCGUUGCAUUUAGGAUUGAUGCAUCUACGUUUUAAAAAAAAAAAAGAUUUGAUCACAUAUUAAAGUACUUUGCGCUUCGUAUGUAUGGUUCUAAAUGUAUUAUCCGCUGUAAUUUAUGACUUGGCAUAUGAUAUUAGGUAUUGUGGUGUGGACGAUCUGGAAGUUUUGCAUGUUUUAGAAUAGAAUAGCUGACAUAAAACUGAUAUUCGAGUGAAGUUUGUGCUCCUCCUGCCAAAACUUGAAGUCGCUGUUCAUCCACAGCUCUUUAUAUGCUCGUCUUAAAGUGGUGACAGUGAGCAGUGGAGCUGAGAACCAUGGAGCAUCUCAGCGAAACAUGCCUGGGGAAGGAGAACUGUGAGAUGGUCAACAGUCUGAACGACACCAAGGCUCCUCCAGCCAAACUGGCCCGUCUGGAACAGAACGGAAGUCCUCUGGGCCGGUCCCGUCUCGGCAGCACUGGAGCUAAACUCGCCGGCGUGCCCUUCAAACCCCCUGGACAUCACCUGAAGGCCUGCCACAAGAGGGGUAACAUGCUGCCAGUGUUUUGUGUGGUGGAGCACUACGAGAGCCCCAUCGAGUUUGACAGUAAAGAGGAGCAUGCUGAGUUCGUUCUGGUGAGGAAGGACAUGCUCUUCAACCAGCUGAUCGAGAUGGCCCUGCUCUCCCUGGGCUACUCGCACAGUUCGGCUGCACAGGCUAAAGGGCUGAUUCAGGUGGGCAAGUGGAACCCCGUGCCUCUUUCCUACGUGACGGAUGCACCCGACGCCACAGUGGCGGACAUGUUGCAGGAUGUGUACCAUGUGGUCACGCUGAAAAUCCAGCUACACAGUUGUCCUAAACUGGAAGACCUUCCUCCAGAGCAGUGGACCCACUCUACAGUAAGAAAUGCGCUCAAGGAGUUACUCAAAGACAUGAACCAGAGCUCUCUGGCAAAAGAAUGUCCCUUAUCACAGAGUAUGAUUUCUUCAAUUGUUAACAGCACUUACUAUGCAAAUGUGUCUGCGGCGAAGUGUCAAGAAUUCGGACGCUGGUAUAAACACUUCAAGAAGACAAAAGACAUGAUAGUCGUGCGCCAGCCCUCUCAGCUGGAGGGUUAUCUGGGGACGUGUGUCCUCCACGACAGUCCACGUGCCACCACGUUAGCUGAGAUGGACGGCCUGUCGGAUCUUUCUCCCCCUGGAACGAACCACCUGAGCUUCAGUCAGCAGCCCAUCCCGGGCAGCACAGCGGAGCAGCCCCCGUCCCCGGUGCCCCUGUCCCACAGCGCCCAGGCCCCCGCUCGAGCCCAGCUCCCCGGCCUGCACCCCGGCCUGGUGUCCACUCCCAUCAGUCCUCAGCUGGUCAGUCAGCAGAUGGUCAUGGCUCAGAUCCUCAACCAGCAGUACGCCGUCAACCGUCUCCUGGCCCAGCAGUCCCUGAGUCAGCAGUACCUCAACCACCCGCCGGUCAACCGCGCGCUCAACAAACCGCUGGACGGCGGCGGCGUGUCCUCCAACUCCGAGGUGUCCGUCGAGAUCUACCAGUGGGUGAGAGACGAGCUGAAGAGGGCCGGCAUCUCCCAGGCCGUGUUCGCACGCGUCGCCUUCAACAGGACGCAGGGUCUUCUGUCAGAGAUUCUCAGAAAAGAGGAAGACCCCAAGACUGCAUCUCAGUCACUCCUGGUGAACCUGCGAGCGAUGCAGAACUUCCUCCAGUUGCCGGAAGCGGAGCGAGACCGGAUCUACCAGGAUGAGAGAGAGCGCAGUCUGACCGCAGCCUCUGCUAUGGGUCCCGCGCCGCUCAUCAGCACCCCUCCCUUACGCCCCGUACAGCCCAGAAGAGAGGAGUGUAAUAAUGUGAGACCAGAAGACUGGAAUCCCAGAAUUCCAGUGGGCAUCUCUCCUGUCAAACCCAACCCUCUGACCUCUGAGUGGAAUGGUAAAUCCGAGAGUUGCGUGUUAAACAUCAACUCCUCCAUCUACGAUGAGAUCCAGCAGGAGAUGAAGAGGGCCAAAGUGUCCCAGGCCAUGUUCGCCAAGGUCGCCGCCUCCAAGAGCCAGGGUUGGCUGUGUGAACUCCUGCGCUGGAAAGAAGACCCGUCCCCGGAGAACCGCACACUCUGGGAGAACCUUUCCAUGAUCCGCCGGUUCCUGAGUUUGUCCCAAAUGGAGCGUGAUGCUAUAUAUGAGCAGGAGAGCAACGGAGGACAGCAACACCAUGUGGACAGACCACCUCACCUGAUGCAUGUGCCCACAGACCCCCUACAGACUCAUCAGCACCCGUCCUCUCAGCUCCAAGCCCAGCUGCCCCUGCCUCACCCCUCUCAGCCUCCGCUAUCCCAGCAGCCCUUGCAGCAGACGGGCCCUCGCCUGCCCCCCCGACAGCCCUCCAUGGCCUCGCCGGCCGAGACGGAGGACGAGAACCGAUGCAAGAGCCGCCAAACUAACCGGAUCUCCAUGGAGGCGCUGGGGAUCCUGCAGAGCUUCAUUCAGGACGUGGGCCUGUAUCCCGACGAGGAGGCCAUACACACACUCUCAGCUCAGCUCGACCUGCCCAAACACACCAUCAUCAAGUUCUUCCAGAACCAGCGCUUCUACAUCAACCACGCCGGCAAGCUGAAAGAGCCCGUGGUGGGAUUCCCCUCGAACAUCAACCACAAGGACGAGGGCCUGACGGACUUCAAGGACAGCGAGUUGAUGACCGAGCUGGACGAGAGCGUUCAGACCAACAACAGCAUGUUCUCCGUUAAACUGGAGGAACACCUGGCCAACGAAGCGCUCGCUAUGGGACCGGCCCAAACCGAGCAGGAGGCCAAAGAGUGACGGACCUCGACUAUCCCAAUCUUACUCUUUCACUCUCUAGUCUG